AUGUCGUCUUUGAAGCGUUCCUCAAAAGUUGGGCAACGUAUACAUCAGGAGCGUGCCCAGCCCGAAUCUCGAGCACAUUUGGGUUUAUUGGAGAAGAAAAAGGAUUAUGUUAAGCGAGCCAAAGAUUACAAUUACAAAAAGCGAAAAUUACGAAAACUUCGACAAAAAGCGCUCAGCCGAAAUCCCGAUGAAUUUCACUUUCACAUGAUUCGCAGCCACAUUGGGGAGGAUGGAAUUCACCGAGAAAACACACCGGAACCUGACGAAGACACUGUUUUGCAGAAAAAAUUAAAAGAUUUGGAAAAUUUAAGAUAUAAAAUCGAAAAACUGAAAGAAAGCUUACAUUUCACCAGCGUAGCAACCGAGAAGAAUACGCACACUAUUUUUGUGGACAACGAAGAUGAAGACGCCAGUGAUCUUCGGGAAUUGCUGUACUUUAAGGAAGCAGCACAUGAACAGCGGAAAAUGUACAGCGAAUUGUUGAAGAGGAUGCAGCGUGCAAAAGAGCUGAAAAUUGUUAUGGAGAAACUGGAAGUUAGAAGAAAUAUUGCAGCAAGUAAAGGAAAAGAAUUGAAGCCGAAGAAGGUCGAAAAAGGAGAACCGAUGAAGGCAGGCGUAUAUAAAUGGGUUUAUGAACGUAAGAAGUGA